CCAUCAUCAUCAUCUCAAGUUUACUUUUCCAUUUCCAGACACUGUAUUUUCAGGAGCUUUUAAUUGACCAGUGAGAUGGUUGACUAUUGGGUAAAAGUGAAUUUGGAUGGUUUGAUUCUUGCGCGGUUGCUUAUCGUUUCGUUGUGAAAUUGCUGAAAUUAUUUGGCCGAUUGGUUUGGGGCUGCUUUGAACUACUUUGUGAGUGAGUGACAUGAUUCUGGUGUAUUUUGCUUGUUUCCCCCUAAUUCAUUUUCUUGAGAUGAAUCACUGAGAAGCGAGCUCAUUUUAAUCUGUAUAUAUGUGUAUAUAUAUAGUAGUACUAUUUGAUUGAUGAGAUUUUUAUAGAAUGCAAUCCUUUCUGAUAUCAAGAUGAAGGGGGAUAUUUUUAUCUUGAUCAUGGAAAUGCAAAGCUUGAAACAGUUGUAAUACUGUAGAUAUUGGGGAAAUUUGAGUAAACAAUGAUAACUUCUUUGAGCGUUUGUAAAUGAAUGUGUUUCGUGAGUGCUUGGUGGAGGCUGAUGUACUCUCGGGUCUGGUUUUGUUUUAUUACUACUAUGUGCAAUCACUGGAGUCUAAAAUGUUUUGCCUACAUCUGCUGAUUUUCGACCCAGAAAUCUAUAGCUUCUUGCUGUGUUUUAACCUUCUUAGGAAGAGUUUUGGACUUGAAGCAUCAUGUUUACGGGAACUUAAUUUUUCGCUUUCCAGAACUCAUGGUGGAAGGCAAGAGUUCAGGGCAAAAUAUACUUAUGAUGGAGGAGAUUCAGUUGUAUACUAACUGGGAUGAUGUGAUGUGUUCCAUAUGCUUGGACUUCCCUCACAAUGCUGUUCUUCUCCAAUGCGCAUCAUAUGAAAAAGGAUGUCGUUCCUUCGUAUGUGACACGGAUCAUUUCCAUUCCAAUUGUCUGUACCGCUUCAAACAAGCAAACGGGGUGUCACCGGAAGGCAAGUCUCCAAGUACUGCUGAAAAUAUACUGUGUGUGGGUUCAGAAACUGACAGCAAACCAGCUUGCCCUUUGUGCAGAGGCGAAGUUACUGGAUGGGUAGUUGUCAAUAAGGCUCGUAAGUAUCUGGAUGAGAAGAAACGUUGCUGUGAAGAGGAAAAAUGUCGAUUUUCUGGUACUUAUUCUGAGCUCCAAAAGCAUGCACAGGUGGAACAUCCUUAUGGCUGCCCUUCAAAAAUAGAUCCUGCACGGCAGCUUGAUUGGGACAAUUUUCAGCAGUCUGCUGAAAUCAUAGAUGUAUUAAGUACUAUCCAUAAUGAAGUUCCGCGUGGAGUGGUUCUUGGUGAUUAUGUUAUCGAGUAUGGAGAUGAUAACUCUGGAGAUGAUUAUGAUGACUUCCCCAGGAAUGAUGGAAAGUGGUGGACAUCUUGUAUUCUGUAUCAUGUUUUUGAUAAGUUUAGGGCAUCUAGAAACCGAAGAAGAUCAAGAGUCAGUGAUGCUAGAAGAGUAAACCGCCGUUUGAGUUUUGAUACUUCAAACUCUGACGAGGGUUCUGUGUCCUCUGCGGAGUAUGCGGAUUACAGAGCUGAUGAGACUGAUGAUGAAUAUGUGAGUGCAAGGGCAUUAUCCAGGCGAAGAGUUGCAGAACAUAGCUCUCGAAGACGUCGUUCCCGCUUCUUUCACAACUAGGUAAUUGUGCAACAGAAUAGUGUUCAUCAUAGGUGUGGAACGGAAAAGCCUAAAAGCUUGCAGAUCUCAGUCGGGCUGUAGGCGAAUAGUAGAUGCCAAAGUCGCAUUGGCAGAGUUGAUGAUGUAAAACUCUAGGUUGACAUGAUCAACUUAUCAGAUUGAUGUUCCUCUUAGGUCACUUGUUUCUUAUACUUGGAUUGCAGGAGUUUCUCGUUGUAGAACUUUAACGUGCUCCGUUUUCUAAUAAUUGUUUAAUUCUACCCCUUGUUAA